AAUUAGAAGAUUAGUGAGCGAGAGAUGGGGUCGGAGGAAGAAAAAUCUGAGUUAGGUCGUGUUUGGUAGAGAAUAUUUAUGUAAAUAUUUCCCUUCCCACAUCUCACUAGGCUACUGAAAUAGAUGACAAGCUUUGUUCUUUCUAAGACCAUAUGCAUGGGAAAUUAGAUCUACUGCCAAAACAACAAACAUACUUUGCAAGGAGGCACAAUUUUACCAAAUAGCUUAUUCAUUCCUAAAAGACGGAUUUUUCCUACUGUAAUCUUCAUUGAGAGCAUCUAGUGUUUGUCCAGUGAUGGCACCGCUAUUGUUUCUGAUGAUUCUGUAUUCUAUUCCAUCUCUUGUUGUGCCCAUACAUAAUUUAACAUCUGGAGGCUGUGCCAUCAUUCUCCCUCCCAGAGAUGGAGGGAUUCGUUAUAGAGGUCUGACACAAGAGCAGAUCCGAAGUGUCCAGAUACUACCAGUGGACUAUGAGAUUGAAUACAUAUGUCGUGGCAACAGGGUGAUAGUGGGGCCCAAAGUCAGGAAAUGCCUCCCCAACAGCACAUGGACAGACAUUAUGCAGCACAGCAGAUGUUUGUUGCUGUGCCCCCGUGCAUGGAUAUCUCUGGAGAAUGGCCGGGUGACAGUGAAGCCCCCAGGACAACCUGUAGAGGGCAGCAUAGUUCACUACAGCUGCAAUGCUGGCUUCAUCCUGGAGGGCAGGAACAUCACCCAUUGCACCAAACAGGGAAAGUGGGACUCACCCAAACCUACAUGCCUCUAUGACAAAAAUUAUACAGGAAAGAAGAAAUUAUACAUCGGCGCUUUGUUUCCCAUGAGUGGAGGUUGGCCGGGUGGCCAGGCAUGUUGGCCUUCUGCGCAGAUGGCCUUGGAUCUUGUGAACAACAGGAGUGACAUUCUUCCUGACUAUGAACUGGAGCUCAUACACUACGACAGUAUGUGUGAUCCAGGUGAGGCCACUAAGCUGCUCUAUGACCUGCUUUACACAGAGCCCAUUAAGAUAGUUUUAAUGCCUGGCUGUAGCUCCGUCUCCACCCUGGUGGCUGAGGCUGCGCGCAUGUGGAAUCUCAUUGUGCUGUCCUAUGGCUCCAGCUCUCCAGCUUUGUCCAACCGCCAGCGUUUUCCAACAUUUUUCCGUACCCACCCCUCGGCCACCCUGCAUAACCCUACCAGAGUUAGGCUCUUCCAGAAGUGGAAAUGGACCAAGAUUGCCACCAUUCAACAAACCACAGAAGUCUUUACAUCUACUCUGGAUGAUCUGGAGCAGAGGGUAAAGGAGGCUGGAAUAGAGAUCAGUGUGAGACAGAGCUUCCUCACCGACCCUGCUGUCGCUGUCAAGAACCUCAAGCGCCAGGAUGCUAGAAUCAUAGUGGGACUUUUCUACGAGACUGAAGCAAGGAAAGUGUUUUGUGAGGUAUUCAAAGAGAAGCUCUUUGGGAAGAAGUAUGUGUGGUUUCUGAUUGGUUGGUAUGCUGACAACUGGUUCAAGAUCAAAGACCCAUCCAUCAACUGCACAGUGGAGAAUAUGACUGAGGCUGUGGAGGGACAUGUCACCACUGAGAUUGUCAUGCUGAAUCCUGAGACUGUCCGCGGUGCAUCCAAUCUGACGUCUCAGGAAUUCCUGGGCCAGCUGAUGUCCCGGCUAGGGGGAAUGAACCCAGAGGAGACCGGGGGGUUCCAGGAGGCCCCUCUGGCCUAUGAUGCUGUGUGGGCCUUGGCCCUGGCCCUCAAUAAGACUGUUGCCCCUCUCAAAGCCAAGGGCCGCAGGUUGGAAGACUUCAACUACAACAACCAUGACAUCACCGCUGAGAUCUAUAGGGCACUCAACACCAGCUCGUUUGAAGGAGUAUCGGGUCAUGUAGUAUUUGAUGCUCAGGGUUCCAGAAUGGCAAUGACUCUUAUUGAGCAGUUGCAAGGUGGAAGCUAUAAGAAAAUUGGAUACUAUGACAGUUCUCAAAAGAAUCUUUCCUGGUUUGGCAAUGACAAGUGGAUAGGUGCCGGGCCCCCUGCAGACCAAACUAUGGUAAUAGAAGAGUAUAGGUUCUUAUCUCAGAAGCUGUUUGCGGCCGUGUCUGUCUUUGCUGGCCUGGGCAUCGUCCUAGGGAUAGUGUGUCUGACCUUCAACAUCUACAACAGUAACGUGAGAUACAUUCAGAACUCACAGCCCUAUCUUAACAACAUGACUGCUGUGGGCUGUAUGAUGGCCCUGGCAGCUGUAUUCCCACUGGGAAUAGAUGGACACCAUAUCCACAGAUCCCAGUUUCCAGUGGUCUGCCAGUUUCGUCUUUGGCUGCUGGGGCUGGGCUUCAGUCUGGCCUAUGGGAGCAUGUUCACCAAGAUCUGGUGGGUUCACACUCUCUUCACAAAGAAGGAGGAAAAGAAAGAAAAGAAGAAGCACCUGGAACCAUGGAAACUCUAUGCAACAGUUGGAGUAUUACUGGCCAUAGAUGUCCUGUCACUCAUGAUUUGGCAGAUUGUUGAUCCUCUUCACAUUACAGUUGAGAAGUUCACCAAGGAGGCACCUAAAGGAGAUUUAGAUGUCCUGAUUCAGCCUUUGCUGGAGCACUGCAGCUCGGAGAAGAUGAACACAUGGCUGGGUGUGGUGUAUGGCUACAAGGGGUUAUUGUUGUUAUUGGGGAUAUUUCUGGCCUAUGAGACUAAGUCCGUUUCCACAGAGAAGAUCAACGACCACCGAGCCGUUGGGAUGGCUAUUUACAACGUAGCUGUGUUGUGCAUGAUCACAGCCCCAGUGACUAUGAUCCUCACCUCCCAGCAGGACGCCUCCUUUGCCUUCGCCUCUCUGGCUAUCGUCUUCUCUGUCUAUAUCACUUUAGUGGUGCUCUUUGUACCCAAGAUCCGCAGGCUGGUGACACGCGGUGAGUGGCAGUCAGAGCAGCAGGACACUCUGAAGACGGGCUCGUCCACCAACAACAACGACGAGGAGAAGUCCCGCCAGCUGGAGAGAGAGAAUAGGGAGCUGCAGAAAAUCAUUCAGGAGAAAGAAGAGAAGGUGUCUGAGCUACGCAAUCAGCUGGCUGAAAGACAAGCCCUGCGCAACCGUAGACGACCAUCUUCGGGGCAGAAUCAAAGCCAAAAUAGCCCACCUCUGCCAUCUUCCCAGCCUGACCCCAAAUCCAACCUACCCCCACCAGGGUACCCCAACCCCAAUCACUCCCUCCCGCCUUCUUUCUCUAACUCCUCCAACGUCUACCAAGCAGACAAGAUAAGCCGUAACCACUGCCACAACAGUCAAAUUCCCUUGCUGUACAAGUAAGGUGAAUACCGAUGUGAGGUGGGACUAUAGCACAUGCAUGGAGAGAAGCACACAUUCACCCUAGCAAAGGCAAUUGCAACUUUCACUUGUAGUGAACCAAUGAGCACAAGUCUGACAGCACUGACAUUUUGUGAUAAAGUGGAAGCAAAAAACAUGAGGGCUUUCACCAGGCAGCUGUCGAAAAUCACCCAUGCGACUUGUCCUGUACUCACUAUUUUUAUCACACUGUGUAAGUAUAGCUAAGGCAAUUGUGUCCAGUAAUGCAGAGGAAAAGCACUUCUCAGAUAAACAUUUCAUAUGGGGAGAAAAUGGAAAGAUCAUCCUUUCAUUCUUUCCUUUUGUUUGUUAUCUUAUUCUGUUGUGGACUUGUCUUAUGGAACCCUUAGGGACUUUGUGUAUGACUAUAUUACAUACUUCAUAAAUUUCUGUCUUCAAUUAGCACAUGGUAAUUUAUAUCACUGCCAUGAUUACAUGUUACAUGUUGUUUUAUGGUAAUAUUGUUAAAACUGUAAAAUUCUCUGGCUUUUAAAUCAAUAACGAAAAGCAGAAGAGAAGGUGUUUAAUAUAAUAAUGUGAGAAUGAGAACAAUAGAAUGUGCACAUAAUAAUACUAAUAAAAAUGAAUAGCCAUAUGAAAAUAAUUUAAAAGCAGUUUGCGACACCAGAAAGAGUUUGCUGUAUCUAUAUUCACGAACAGAUUUGUAUAUCUUAAAUCUAGUUUACAUCCAAUUCCUUUGCUGUUGUAUGAUCAUGCUUGUAUAAAGUCCAUUGGAUUGGAAAAUAUUGUGUCAUUGUAAACCAAUGACAUCAAAAGUGCAUUAUUGUUUGACCUACCUAAAAACUGUAUUUACAUUUCAAUCAAGUACUUCCUUUUCAGUACUUUAUAUAUAUUAUUUAUUCUGUUCUUCCAUUGAUAAUUAAUUAAUUUUAUUAUUAGAUGUUUUGUGUCUCAAAUUGAUUUAUUAUUAUCAAAAAGACAAUCUUUAUUUUACUUGCUGAAGUUAGGUCUGUCUGGUGUUUAUUGUUUAUUUUGAAACAGAUAUUUACCUUCAUAAAAAUUGUAUUUGUAAAGAAUUCUGAUAUAUUUAUUUAACUGUUAAUCUAUAUAAACUAUUUCAUUCAUGAGCUAUUUCACAACUGUACAACUGAAAUUGUAUUAUUAUACAGCAAGGAGAUUGAACAGCUUUAUUGGCUAUGUAACAAUACUGACCAAGUAUGUAUUUCAUUGUGCACUUUAACAAAACAAGGUUGUCCCUUGUAAGGGUUGUGUUGCUGUUAUUACAAUACAUUUUAGCUCAGGGUAUGGAAAAGUAAGACAUUUUGUGUUGAUAUAUGUCACAGGUUAAUGAAUGAAAUAGUAAAGUGAUUAACUUUAGAAGCACCAUUGUGUGAUAAAUGAAUAAGGAGAUGAUUUAGGGCAAUACACUAUACUGGAACAUGUAUAACACUAUAGAUUUGGAAGCAUUUGUAUUCACUGUAUUUACAAUUUUAAAUGUUAAUAUAUUUGAGAUAAGUAUAUGUAUGCAAAUACAGUGUAUGGCUAUUAUGG